AUGCACUUCACCAAACUCCUCGCCGCAGCGGGCAUUGCCUCAGUGGCAACAGCCCACCCAGGCCCUCACCACUCGCCCAGCAAACGCGAACUAUCCCGCCGUCACGACCUCUCUGCCCGCUGCUCCGAUCACGUCGGCAACUACAACGCCAAACGCAUAAAGCGCAACCUCCACAAGCGUUUCCCAGGAUCGACAAGUAACACAACUUACAACAUCCAAACCGAAGGCUCCUACUACAACACCAUCCAAAACGACACCUGCGUCCUGACUCCCGAGGUCACAGAGGGUCCAUACAUCUGGCCGCAAUCGCAGACUCUCCGCCAGGAUAUGACCGAGGACCAGCCCGGCAUCCCGCUUUGGCUUGACGUCGGUGUUUUGGAUAUGGAGACCUGUGAACCGUUGGAAGGUGUGCUGGUUGAUUUCUGGCAUUGUAAUUCAACCGGCUCGUACUCUAGUUUCACGGGCUUGUCGCCUAACACGCCUUUUGCAGAGCUGCUCAAGCAGCUUAAUGUCACUGAUAUGGCCACUGCGGAUUUGCACACUGAUGAUACUACUUUCUUGCGUGGAAUGUGGCCUACUGAUAAGCAUGGCUUGAUGGAAAUGAAGACUGUUUUCCCUGGAUUCUACGUCGAACGCUCAAUCCACAUCCACGUCCAGGUCCACACAGACUGGACAAUCCGCGGAAACGGCACAAUGGCCUACGGCAACACGGUCAGCACUGGCCAGAUCUACUUCGACGAGCCAUUAUCCCAGAAAAUCAUGGCUCUUGAGCCGUAUGCCUCGCACACUGAGAUUAACCGCACGACCAAUGCUGUGGAUAGUGUUUUCAGUGGUGACACUGAGAACGGAUAUAACCCCAUUGUUUCUGUUGUUCCUGCUGAUGGGAAAGAUGUUACCAAGGGUAUGAUUGGGUAUAUUACUAUUGGUGUUGAUAAGACUGCUACUGCGACAGAUGAGUAA